AUGCACUAUUUUCGAACGAGCGACAAGUUAUCGGCUCACAGCGAGAUUUGCGAAAGAAUGAAUGAGUGCGCUAUCCUUCUUCCGACCGAAGAGGACAAAUGGUUAAAUUUCGACAAUUAUAAGAGGAAGGAGCGAGUUCCGUUCGUGGUGUACGCUGAUUUGGAAUGCGCGUUGGAGAGGAAGGAGGAGAGGAAGAAGGAGAGGAGAACACCGAAGACGUCCAUCGUUCAGCAUCAUAAGGCUUAUAGCGUGGGAUAUUACGCGCGAUGCGCGUUCGAUGACGCUAGAUCGAUGUACAGAUCGCAUCGCGGCGACGAUUGCGUAUCAUGGUUCGUUCGGGAAUUGCGAGAUCUAGCGCUUCGCGCGAGAGACUUUCUGAACACCAUCGCGCCUAUGACGCCUCUCACGGCGAAUGAACAGGAGAGAUUCCUUAGCGCGACGAGUUGUCACGUGUGCGAGAAACCGUUCGAGUCGGAGGACGCUCGCGUUCGCGAUCAUUGUCAUUCGACCGGACGGUACAGAGGUCCCGCGCAUUUUAGUUGCAAUUUAAAUUACAAGGAAACUUACGUCAUUCCCAUUCUUUCACAAUUUAUCGGGCUACGACGCACAUUUUAUCAUUAG